UAAUUUCCCAGAAUUCCUGCAGCGUUAAGCUGUAGAAUUGUUAAUCUAUUCUUGAAUGAAAACUAGUUGAAGUAAUAGUAACUGGAAGUUGUUCAGAAUAGGAGUAUAAAAAAUUUCAUUUCUUAGCUCGUAUCAUGCUUAAAGAUCUUCUAAGCUAUUACCACAAUUAGAACACCUUUAAUACAACAAUUUCCUACCCGUUUGAACCCUGAUCUGCAUUAUUUUGACCCUAAAAGCUCCUGCGCACUUUGUCCCAAGUCACCAUCAUCAAGUUGCUUUUGUGUACUGGUGUUCCUACAUUUUUUCCAUGCCAAACUAAAUGCGAGUGACUUAAGCCUCAAGAUCCUCUUUGUACUACCAAAAUUGUUUUUGUAUUUUGCUGACUUGGUGUGCAUCAUACUGUUGUCUUUUUUUUUUUUUGCUCGAAGGGAUGUUGCUCUGUCUAAAUGUGCACGUCUGCUCCUGGUGCUUGGUUAAGGAUUUAUUUAUUUAGAAGAGCAAUAUUAAGCUCAAUUAUGUAAUAAAUAGCCCUUAAGAUACCUUUUUUUAGUAAGGCCCCUUAAAAGGUACUUAUAGAAAAAUAGCCCAUUAAUCUGUAUGAUAUAACUUAUUUGAGCCAAAGUUACAGCCAGUUCAAUUUAGAAUUCUAAAUGAGAGGAAAACAAAAUUGAAGAGGAAAAAAGAAAGAAAUAAAGGGACUUGAAAAUUAAAUCCUGUUUGGCCUUAUCAACCUUACAUAAUAAUUCUUUCAUCUGGCUUGCUAUAACCAUGUUGAACAGGUGUGACUUUGGUGAGUAUUAUUGCCUCAAAAUAAAAGAUUCCCUCUGUUUCAUUUUUUUGUGUAUUAGUUUGAAUGGGUACAAAGUUUAAGAAACGUAAGGAAGACUUUUGAAUGUUGUGGUUUUAAACUAAAGAUGUGUGUAAUGUACCUAGAUGCCUUGAAUCGUGUGGUCUUAAAUAUGUCAUGUGGAAUGUUUGAUUUAGGGAGUUACUAAACACAGGAAGAGGCAUUCGUUUUGAGUGUCCCUCUCUUCAUGGGAUUUCUUCUUCAUAAGUUCUCCAAUUUUCACUAAAUGAUGUAAUCACUAACAAUGUCAAUUUAUUGCAGAAAAGUUGUGACAGCAUAUAGCGAUCACAUGAAAGCCCUUGCGCAGGAACUUCUGGGUUUAGUCUCUGAGAGUCUAGGCUUGACAUGUCAGUCCAUGGAAAAUGUUGUUGGCGACUUCUACCAAAACAUCACUAUUAGUUACUAUCCACCCUGCCCUCAACCGGAGCUUACUCUUGGUCUGCAAUCACAUUCUGACAUGGGUAUCAUUACUCUUCUCAUCCAAGAUGAUGUAGGGGGUCUUGAGGUUUUCAACAAUGGAGAAUGGGUUACCGUAAAUCCAAUGUCAGAUGCUAUUUGUGUCAUCUUAGCGGACCAAACUGAGAUCAUAUCUAACGGUGGGUAUAGAAGUGCUCAACAUCGGGCAGUGACGAAUGCUAGAAAAGCCCGGCUUUCAGUUGCCACUAUUCACGACCCUGCAAAGACGAGGCAAAUUUCUCCAUCUCCAGCCUUCCACCCGCCUAAAUAUCGCCCGGUGAUUUACGGUGACUAUGUCUCAUCAUGGUACACAAAAGGGCCCGAGGGAAAGCGGAACCUUGAUGCACUUCUAUGUUAAUUGCCAACUCAAUUAGUCUGUUUUGUGCGCAUUCAUUCAAUAUAGGAAGAACGAUCAGAUUUGUAUUACUUUGACCAAACAUUUAUGGUUCCAGCAGAUUUUAAAGAAUAAUAGGGAGCUGUUGAUCAGAAGGGCUAUCGAUUAUCAUAAUCCUCCACAAGCUAUAAGCAUAUUGGUGCAGAAAAAAGAUCUGUACCAUGUAAUUAUUCCUGUGUUAAAUUAGCUGAACGUUGUUUUAGUGUUUUUUAUUCCAUAUCUUAGUAAAGAUAACUGUAAAAUUGUCAGUGGAACAUUCCUCCCACAAAAUGUGAAUAAGAUGUUACCAAAAUAGCUUUCACUUAA